AUGGAUCAGAAGCGCAAUAAUGUCAUUGUAGUUGUGGCGGUGCUGGCCAUGCUUUGCUCUUUAUCUCUGGUCUUUGCAGUUGAAACGGAGGCUACCUACGGAUAUCUUUCUCAUACUCAAUCGGAAUGCUUUGGUAGCAAAGACAAAGGUACACUGAUUGCUGCAGUAGGACAUUCAAUUUGGAAUAAUAAGGCGAUUUGUGGACAUAAGCUGAAAGUAAGAUGUAUUAAUGGUGGUGAUAGUCAAAGCUGUAAGAGCUCCUCAGUAACAGUCGAAGUUGUGGACCUUUGCAAGGGCUGCGAUGACUCCAUUGUUCUCUCGGAAGAAGCUUUUGAUAUCAUAGCGAGCAUAGAUGUUGGUCGCGUUAAAGUGGAAUAUGAGCUGUAA